UCAAAGUCGCACAACCCAAAGCACAAGGCCGACCAUGGCCGUCGACCACAUGGGAUGCCGCUACGCCACGCAUGGGCACGCGGCCGAGGAGCAGUUCCAGGAGGCCGCUGCCGCGGGGCUCCGCAGCCUCGAGCUCGUCCGCUCGUCCUUCUCCUCCCGUGCCGGCUGCGCGCCGCCGCCCCUCGGAGAGAUGGCCGACCAAGCGGUGUCCAGGUUCCACCGGGUCAUCAACAUCCUCGACCGCACCGGCCACGCCCGCUUCCGCCGCGGCCCUGUUGGAGAUGCCGCCGACUCGUUGACUCCCUCUCCUGUCUCUUCUCCUCCUCCGACGCCGGCCCAGGGACCGGCAGUCUUGCUGCAGCUGGCGCCGCAGAAAAGCAUGACGCUGGACUUCACGAAGCCUUUGAAGGCGCCGGCCGCCCCUUCCGUGACGUCGACGUCCUUCUUCUCGUCCGUGACGGCCGGGGGCGAGGGCAGCGUGUCCAAGGGCUGGAGCCAGCUCGUCUCCUCCGGCAAGCCGCCGCUCCCAGCUGGGACCAAACGCAAGCAACGCCAACAGCAGACGCGCUUCGCGCACUCCGACACCGCUGCCGGUGCCCGGUGCCAUUGUCUGAAGAAGGGCAAGCACCGGGUGAAGUACACGACGCUCGAGCCCACGGUAACCUCGCGCGCGGUGGACGUCCCCGGCGUCGGCGACAAGUACUCGUGGCGCAAGUACGGGCAGAAGACUAUCAAGGGGUCCCCUCACCCCCGCUGCUACUACAGGUGCGGCACCGUCAAGGGCUGCCCGGCGCGGAAGCACGUGGAACGCGCCACCGACGACCCCGCCAUGCACCUCGUCACCUACGAGGGCGACCACCGCCACGACACUUGGCCGCCGGCGGCCGCAAAUUAAAGCUCCCUGGCAGCGACAUGACUCGAUGUGCUCCUUCCAUUUGUUCUUUGUAGUGGGGCCUUGUGUAAAGAAUCCAAAAUUAGGAAUAUACUCCAAGAUGUUUUCAUCAAGAUUGGAAACGCAUGUCAAUCAGUACUACUUACGUACUAGUACAAGAUUUCACAGCCUUGGUGCUGGACUUGGACCUCGCCGCCGAGGGCAAUUCUGGCGGGGUGGUCAUGCAUGGGCACAACGGUCUUCGUCACCCACCUCCAUCCGGCAAUCAAAGGCAACAAAGGAGGCUGGUGGGAGACUUGGGAUGAGCAGGAUAGAGAAGCAAGGGGAGAAGCGAGAGAGAUUUCAACGUUUUCCAUCUCAUUAGCUGUCCAACACACACGAUUCAUCAGAGUUUAACUAAUCCACACCAGCGACACGUGGGCCCACUCACAUGCCACGCAGGCUGCUCGUCGCUGGUCUGACUCACUUGUUCCAUUUUACUAUGGGGCUCAAUCGUCAUAACUCCUUGUUUACCAAUGUCACCACUCCUGUAGAGGAUGCUCAAACCCUUGCAGCAUCUCCAACAGCCCCCAAGGCCUUUUUUCUUCGUCGGUGUAAAAAAAGUAUUC